AUGAAUCGAGUCCUCCUUGUACUAUUCAGUUUGCUUUGUCUUGCUUUUGCCAAUCAGUCUUCACCGUGCGUCAAGAUCCACAUGAUUGUUGCCCGACAGAGUAACUCCUGGCCAGGGGAAGGCCGUAUGAAAGAGCUCGCCGAUUAUAUCAAACAACAGCUCCCAGGUUCUGACUCCGAAUCGCUCCAGUAUCCGGCAUAUGGCGAUAUCUGGCGAUAUCGUUCCUCGGUGUUCGCUGGGGACAAGGCUAUGAUCACUGCGAUUACUGCCUAUACAUCUCAUUGUCCGGACUCGAAGAUUGUGCUUCUAGGGUACUCUCAGGGCGCUCAUAUCAUCGGUGACAUUCUUUGCGGCUCCAUAGUCGAGAGAUAUUUUCCAGCUAUCCCGCCAAUUGACGAUCAUCUGGGCGCAAGAAUUGUCGCGGCGGUAUCAAUGGGGGAUCCUACGUUUGUCCCAAGUCUUCCGUAUGACUUUGGGACCAGCAAGAACACCGGGGUUCGAUUUUCCUCUCCGAGCUGGAGCUACAACUAA